CGGAAGCCGGAAGUGUUUAGUUGUCAGCAACAGUUGCUGUUUACACAUUAGUCGCUGUGGUUUCUCCGUGUUUAUGUCCCUGACGCGUCUCUCUGGUUCUAACCGGACAUUUUAUAUUUUAUUAACUCUACUUUCGCGCCGUUACUUUACUCUUUUCCCGAGUUUUAACCGUCCAGCAGCUUCGGUUACCCGGAUGAUGCCGGAGCGGGAAAGUUUGAAAGUGGCUAACGGCUAACGGCUAACGUUAAUCAGUAUGUUGUCCCAGCCGGGCUCCAGUCCGGAUCAGUCCGCCUGCAGCUCCAACACCGGGGACGUUUUGAUCCGGAGCACUCAAGUUCUUGUGUCAGACCAGAGACCCGAGCCAGGACCCGGAUGUGUCCAGAUAACCGUCCAGAAACUGCGGGACCCUCCCGUCCAGCCUCCUCUGAGCUCCGGGGCAGAGAACCAGCAGCAGCGGCCCAAGUCCCGAGAGAAGCCGGACAGAGCUGCUCCUCUGCGGGCAGCGGCUCACCCUCAGCCCGACAGAUUGAAGAAACCUGGACCAACCAAAGAGAACCGAGAACCCAGACGACGAGUGAGUCCAGUCAGGAAGACACACAGCGAUCAGCAGCCUGGUCACGAUCUUCUGACGUCACAUUUCGCGGCUGGCAGUCGGGGAGUCGUGCUCGCAGCUCUGAAACAACGGUCUCACAGCGCCCCCCACAGGAGGGAGGUCAGUGUGCAGCUGUUGGACCCGGGACCGCUCCAGACCAGCUACCAGGAUGCUCCCGGCCCGAGCACCAGCUCCCAGGAUGCAGUGGGGGUGGCGGGGGUCCAGAUGGAGGCGGGGCUGCCCUCUGGUCGCCUUGGAGACGCCACCAACGCAGCAGCAGCCGCCGCUGCAGCAGCAGUCGCAGCCACUGCUCCUCUAAUGAAGGCUCAGUCAGAUAUGGAGGCUCGAGUAUCUCAACUGGUAGAAGGAGUUCAGCAGCUGCUGCAGACUGACAGGGAGGGCGUGGCCAGGGGGCGUGGCCUGAGCCAGCUGACGCUGCAUCACCUGGAGACGCUGCAGAGCCAGCUGCUGGAGUCGGCCCUCCGGAUGGUGACAGGCCACGCCCCCGUGACCUCUGACCUCACAGCUUCAGGUCUGCAGGUCACUCACCUGCCGGACGCUGCAGGAAAUGUCCUUAGCAACCAGAAGCAAGGUUCCUCGGCAACCAGAGCUCCCGCCGCCUCCGUGGAGACUGGCCCAGUUGCCAUGGCAACACCCCACCGUGACCGACGGCCAGAGCAAAUCAGAGAUGACUGGUAUCACAGAGGGGCUCCUGGUGUUUCCACGGCAACCCAGCCAGCUGCAGGAAGUCACCAGCAGACCUCCGCCAAUCACAGUCAGGCGGCAGCGAGGAGAGCCAAUGAGAUGCUGAGGGAGAUGAGACGUUUGAGGACGGAGAUGAAGACGCUGAUGAACUCCCAACAUAAUCAGUCCCAUCAGACCCAGGCCCAGUUCUCCCAGCAGCCCCAGCAGUCCCAGACCCAGUCCUCCCAGCAGCCCCAUCAGACCCAGGCCCAGUUCUCCCAGCAGCCCCAUCAGACCCAGGCCCAGCAGCCCCAUCAGACCCAGGCCCAGUUCUCCCAGCAGCCCCAUCAGACCCAGCCCCAGUCCUCCCAGCAGCCCCAUCAGACCCAGACCCAGUUCUCCCAGCAGCCCCAUCAGACCCAGUUCUCCCAGCAGCCCCAUCAGACCCAGGCCCAGCAGCCCCAUCAGACCCAGGCCCAGUUCUCCCAGCAGCCCCAUCAGUCCCAGACCCAGUUCUCCCAGCAGCCCCAUCAGACCCAGUUCUCCCAGCAUCCCCAUCAGACCCAGGCCCAGUUCUCCCAGCAGCCCCAUCAGACCCAGACCCAGUCCUCCCAGCAGCCCCAUCAGACCCAGUUCUCCCAGCAGCCCCAUCAGUCCCAGACCCAGUUCUCCCAGCAGCCCCAUCAGACCCAGUUCUCCCAGCAUCCCCGUCAGACCCAGGUCCAGUCCUACCAGCAGCCCCAUCAGACCCAGACCCAGUUCUCCCAGCAGCCCCAUCAGACCCAGGUCCAGUCCUCCCAGCAGCCCCAUCAGACCCAGACCCAGUUCUCCCAGCAGCCCCAUCAGACCCAGGUCCAGUCCUCCCAGCAGCCCCAUCAGACCCAGGCCCAGUCCUCCCAGCAUCCCCGGAGGAGGCCCGUGGUUCGGUCCAUGUUGGAGGAGGCAGGUCUGGUUCUGCGUCGGGUCCAGAGACAGAAGAAGGUUUUGGAGGAGAACCUGGACUCUCUGAGGAGAGCCAAGACCGGAGAGGUUCUGCACUGCCAGCUGGAGGCGCUGGCUGCUAACAGAGACUUGACGGAGGAGGUCCGGAUCAAGAAGACGGUGGACGCCUGGAUCACCUCUUCAACCAAACACAUCCAGGCCGAGAUGUCCUUGGAGGAUGCUGCCAUCGAACACUCGGCGGCGGUGACAUCACAGCAGAGGGCUGCUGAAAGCUCCGCCCACAAAGGUCGGGGGAGGCCAGUGAGCGCGCUCAGAGGAACAGGAAGUAGGAUUGCUGCGGCGAGUCUUACGACAGGAAGUAAGCCUGUGGCGGGGAGAGGAAGAAGAAGAGGACAGACAGCUGGACAUAGACUGGCGGCGGGUGCGGAGCCUGAGGGCACGCCGGGGGCGGAGCCUAAGGACGCGCCCAGCGAGGCGUACCUGCUGCGUCUGUACGGCCGGGCGCCGUACGACGGUCUGAGGCGAACGCUGAAGAAGAGUCCGUACCUUCGCCUCAGCUCUCCGGUCUCGCCGCUCGGCAGGAAGUCCCGCCCCCGGCUGGUGGAGAGCGUCACAGGUGUGAAGCUGAAGUCCUGUAAGACUCAGACGUGUUUGGCUCCGCCCCUCACUCCGUCACCUGGACAACCGCAGCCUCAUGACGUCAUCAGAGCAAGCGUUCCCAUGGCGAUCCCACUGGGUCGUCGCAGGAUGGACUCGUCUUACAGGCGUCUCGCCGGGCGUAAACAGGAAGUGACAUCACCACUUACAGCUCCUCCCACAGCUGGCGCGGUUGCUGUUGACGACGAGGACGGAGCGUCCGAGCGACAGUCUCAGGAGCAGCUGGAAGCUCCGCCUCCUGAUGACAUCAUGAGGAAUGAGAGUGAAGCUCCGCCCCCCGGUGACAUCAUGAGGAAUGAGAGUGAAGCUCCGCCCCCCGGUGACAUCAUGAGGAAUGAGAGUGAAGCUCUGCCCCCCGGUGACAUCAUGAGGAAUGAGAGUGAAGAAGAAGAGGACGAAGACGUUUUCCCUGGAACGGACUUCCUGUCUGUCGCUGAUGUCGUCGUCCAGCAGGAGGAUGUGAGUGUUGUGGAGUUGGAUGGAGGUCCGUCCCCCCCUCUGGUUCUGUAUCAGGGCCCGGUGUUCCCCCCCCAGCCCCGCGCGGCGCUCCCUCCCCAGGACCAGGAUCAGGUCCCUGUCCCGGGACACAACCUGCAGAGAGACGUCCUGGAGACCCGCAUGCUGGAGUGGGUGGAGCAGCAGCUGAUGUCCAGGAUGAUCUCAGAGAUGUACCGCCCCCCUCCCUCUGACCCCGCCCACAACCACUCCGUCGACCAAUCAGAGUCCGAGGAGCGCAGCGUCACCUCAGACAUCGUGGAGGCUGCCGGAGGCGGAGGUCUGCAGCUGUUCGUAGACUCCAGCGUGUCGGUGGACUCGGAUCUGAUCCGGCAGCUGGUUAACGAGGUCCUGACGGAGCACGUGGCCCUGAUGCUGGGCCAGAGAGACUCCCUGGAACCAGGACCACGACCACGACCAGGACCAGGAGAACAUCAGGAGGAAGAACCGGUCCCUCUGGUUCAGACACCGGUGCCGACACCCCCCCCCAGCCCUGCCCCUCCCAGCAGAGAGACUCCGCCCCUGGCCACGCCCCCUCCCUCUGAACCAACCAGCCCGCUGAACGACGAGCCUCCUCAGCCAAUCACAGCUCCAGAGCGCGUAGCCACGCCCACUUCCAGCCCAGAGCUCGCCCACUCCGCAGCAAGUCCUCCUGCUGUCCCUCAAGCCCCGCCCCCUCUCACCUGGGGUGACUCUGAGCUGCCAUUGGACGAGGAGAGACCAGAAGAAGACGUGGACGCACGCACACAGCUGCUAGUGAUGUCUGUGGCAGAGGAGGAGCCUCCUCUCUCCUCCCCGUCUCUCCCCCCUCCUCCCGGUCCAGAACCUGGACCAGCGCCAGAACCAGCCUCACCGUCAGGCUCCUCUUCCUCCUCCUCUUCCUCCUCCUCCUCCUCCAGCACCAGCAUCUCCACGGCGACCGUAGCGACCGAAGCAGCGCUGAAACACAUCUCAGAGGGAGAGCUGCUCAUCAGUGUCAACCAGCUGGCUGCCAUCACAGAGGAUGGGGCUGUCUGCAGUUUCUCCAGCUCUCUCCACGAGCUGCAGGACAUGGACUUUGACCCCCCCAGUGAAGGACAGUUUAGAGGUCACGAUCUCCUGCUGACCAAGACAGGCUCCUGGGGGAGAGAGGAGGAGGAGGAGGAGGAAGAGGAGGAGGAGGAGGAGGAGGAGAGUGUGGGGGAGGUGAGAGACUACAGGACUACAAACCCUCACAGGACUACAAACCCCAGCAGUAGAGAGGCCCGGCGGGGUCAGAGCUCCUCCCCCGGACAGAUCAGUCCAUGUGCAG